UGCUGCAGGAGACAAGACACAAGACGGCCUUCAGUGAUGUGCGCUGGUGGCGUGACAGCCCCCACGAGUUCUGCACGAUGCGCGGCACCCCCCACCCACCCGGUGGUGGGAACACGUUUUUUAAAACUUAUCUUCUGUGCCUGAUGGGUAUCAGUCCCUUUCUUGCUAUAAUGGCGUUUGGGGUCGUGAUGGAUGCGGUCACCGCCGAACUGUUUGAAGAGACGAUAUACUCGCGCUUAGUUUUGACAGUGGAUGACAUGGUGUACGGCCCGUUCGCCAGGUCGGACCCCGCGAGGUGCAGCAAUGUGGUGCCAGGUGGCUGCCUGGUGAACUACGGUGCUACUUCCAUUGCUGUGUGGUCGCUGUCGCGCUCCAUUGGCCCAUUGGUGCCGCCGCCUUCACUUUUUUUGGUGCUAUUUCGGUGCUGCAGCUGUUUAUUUUCCUUUAGCGGGGUGCGUGGUUCCGUGGGGGGAGUUUACUGGUGGCGUCAGGUGCAAUGCCACAAUCGUUGCCUGUUGAUAUGUUAUCGAUUCGUCUUGUAG